AUGAGUAGUGAGAAGCGUUUUAAAAUCUUCGUGACUCGGAAUAUUCCUCAGAAAGCACUAGAUAUUCUGCAGCCAGAAUGCCAUGUGACACAGUGGAAAUCAGACGAUCCGGUACCUCGAUCUGAGCUAUUGAAGAACGUUCCUGGAAUUGAUGGCCUUUAUUGCCUUCUAACUGAUACUAUUGAUGGUGAUAUUUUGACUGCAGCAGGUCCGAGUCUUAAAGCUGUUAGUACUAUGUCUGUUGGAUAUGACCAUAUUAAUCUUGCCGAACUGAAACGCAGGAACAUCCCACUUGGUUAUACCCCGGAUGUAUUGACGGAUGCUACCGCUGAAUUGACAGUGUCUCUUCUGUUAGCGACCUCAAGACGUCUCUUAGAAGCCGCUGAGCAAGUCAGAAAUGGUGGCUGGGGAUCCUGGGUUCCAUUAUGGAUGUGUGGAAGUGGACUUUCCAACAGCACAGUAGGAAUAGUUGGGUUAGGACGUAUUGGAAUGGCUGUCGGCCAGAGGUUGAAACCAUUUGGGGUCAAGAGAUUUUUAUACACUGGUAGGAGUCCUAAAUCAGAUUCUCAUCUUCUCCCGGCUGAAUUCGUAAGUCUUGAUGAUCUACUACUACAAUCAGAUUUUGUUAUAGCGUGCUGCUCACUGACACCCGAGACUACCGAUCUUUUUAAAACAGAAACCUUUGAGAAAAUGAAGAGUUCAGCAAUAUUUAUUAACACCAGCAGGGGUGGUGUUGUUAACCAAGAUGACUUACUAGAAGCCUUGGAAUCGGGAACAAUCAAAGCUGCCGGGUUGGAUGUUACUGUACCAGAACCACUGCCAACAGAUCAUCCAUUGCUUGAGCUAGAAAAUUGUGUUGUGUUACCACACAUUGGGAGUGCAACGGUGGAGACAAGGACAGAAAUGUCUGUACUAGCAGCGAACAACUUACUGGCCGGUUUAAAGGGUCAUCCCAUCCCAUGCCAAGUACAGUUUUGA